AUGGGCGAUAAGGCGGCUCAAGGGACACAAAAUGCCACCAGCAACAGUUCGGGAACGGCCGCAGAUGACCUUCGAUAUGUCUGCUAUGGCAAAGAGAAAGAGUCACCGUACUUACCGGCGAUCAAACAGCUGAUCAGUAAAGAUCUGUCUGAGCCGUAUAGUAUCUAUGUCUACAGAUAUUUUCUGUAUCAAUGGGGCGACCUAUGCUUCAUGGCGCUCGAUAGUUCAGACACCCUCAUCGGCGUAAUCGUCUGCAAACUCGAACCCCACCGCGGCGGCCCUCUCCGCGGCUACAUCGCCAUGCUCGCCACCCAAGCCGAGCACCGCGGAAAAGGUAUAGCCGGUAAACUCGUGCGUCUUGCCUUGGAUGCCAUGAAAGCUCAGGACGCCGAUGAAAUCGCUCUCGAGACCGAAGUCGACAAUAUUCCCAGUUUGCGGAUUUACGAGAAAUUGGGAUUCAUCAGAACGAAGCGGUUGCAUCGGUACUAUCUAAGUGGGACGUCGGCGUUUCGUUUGAUCCUGUACCUGAAGGAGGGAAUCCCGUAUAUGAUGACGUAUCCGCCGGAGUAUGGAGGCGAGAUGGGCUAUGGAGAUGAAGGGAGAGAAGGGUAUGGUGGUGGAAUGGGGCUGAGAGAGCAGGAUUUGAUUGAGCGGCAGGCGGCACAGAUGAGGAUUGAGGAUGCGUAUGACGAGAGUCAUGAUGUUCGAGGUGUAUGA